AUGUUUAUCAAACAGAUUAUUAUCCAAGGCUUCAAGAGCUACAAGGAGCAAACAGUCAUCGAGCCGUUCUCCCCCAAGACGAAUGUUAUCGUUGGACGAAAUGGAUCUGGAAAGAGCAACUUCUUCGCCGCAAUUCGAUUCGUUCUUAGCGAUGCGUAUACACAGAUGGGUCGCGAGGAGCGGCAAGCCCUACUACAUGAAGGAUCGGGUUCUGCUGUUAUGUCAGCAUAUGUGGAAGUAAUUUUCGACAAUAGCGAUGAUCGAUUCCCCACGGGCAAGGAUGAGUUGAUUCUUCGUCGAACGAUUGGGCUAAAAAAGGACGAGUACUCUCUUGAUCGGAAGAAUGCGACGAAGACAGACGUAAUGAACUUGCUCGAAUCCGCGGGAUUUUCGCGCUCCAACCCUUACUAUAUUGUUCCUCAAGGUCGUGUGACGGCUUUAACCAAUAUGAAGGAUGGAGAACGAUUGACUCUGUUGAAGGAGGUUGCUGGAACUCAGAUUUACGAAGCUCGCCGAACGGAGUCUUUGAAGAUGAUGACGGAGACCAACAACAAGCGAGCCAAAAUUGACGAAUCGCUGGACUAUAUCAAUGAACGUCUUGCUGAAUUAGAGGAGGAGAAAGAAGAGCUGCGCGGAUUUCAGGAAAAGGAUAAAGAACGCCGAUGUCUUGAGUAUGCCUUCUAUCACCGGGAGCAGUUGGCGCUCCACCAAGCGCUCGACGAAAUUGAACAAUUUCGUGCCGACGGCGUGGAAGGGACUGAUGAAAACCGCGAAGCUUUUACUGAGGGUGAAAAGGCAAUUGCAGAAGUCGACGAUGAGAUUAAACAGUUGAAGCGACAAAUGGAGCUUCUUAAACUCGAACGACGCCAAUUGGAAGAAGACCGUCGAGAAACGUCGAAAGCUCAAGCGAAGAUCGAACUAGAUGUAAAAACACUGACUGCUGGUCUAUCAGCAACUGAGCAAACACGAACACAACACCAGCAAGAUUUGAGAUCUGUGAAGGAAGAGAUUGCUAAAACGGAAUCCGAACUGGAGAAGAUUAUUCCAGAAUAUAACAAGCGAAAGAAGAGCGAAUCGGAAGUGAAGCAUGAACUUGACGUCGCUGAAGCCACGCAGAAUAGACUGUAUAACAAGCAAGGUCGAAGCUCUCAAUUCAAGAACAAGAACCAGAGAGACACAUGGCUCCGGGGGGAGAUUGAACAACUCAACACCGUAAUAGGGGAGCAGAAGGCGAACCGAAUCAACGCUGAUGAGGAAGUCAAAGCUACAAAGUCGCAAAUCACCAACCUUGAGCAGGACCUUGCUGGUCUUCGAGAACGUUUAGAUGGUUGGGGUGGGAGUCGCCAGGCCUUGUCUAAUGAAGUCACUUCCGCCAAGGAUGCUCUUGAAAAGCUUACAGACGAAAGGAAGCUUCUCCGCCGUGAGGAUGACAGAAUCGAUUCUGUGAUUGCCGAGGCUCGAAGAGAAAAGGAAAAGGCCGAGUCUCUACUAUCUCAUACUAUGGAUGGUCCAACUUCUCGAGGUCUAGCAACUGUCAGAAGAUUAAAGAAGGAGCAGAACAUCGAAGGUGCAUUUGGAACUUUAGCAGAACUCAUGGAAGUUUCCGAGAAUUAUCGCACCGCAGCUGAACAAACCGCCGGCGCCAGCCUCUUCCACUAUGUUGUUGACAACGCAGAGACAGCCACAUAUCUCAUGGAAGCUUUGUUCAGACAGAAAGGUGGAAGACUAACAUUUGUACCACUUGACCAGGUCCGAUCCAAGCCAACCAAGCUACCAAAUGCAAAUGACGCUGUACCAAUCUUGUCCAGAAUCACAUACGACGAAAAAUACGAGAAAGCCAUGAAUCAGGUUUUUGGCCAAACAAUUGUCUGUCCCUCCUUGCCCAUCGCUGCCGGUUAUGCAAGAAGUCAUGGAUGUAAUGCCAUAACUCCAGACGGUGACACUGCUAACAAAAAGGGUGCUCUGACUGGUGGCUAUAUUGACAGCCGAAAGUCAAGACUAGAGGCAUUUCGAGUAGUCAACCAGGCCCGGGAAGAGUAUGAGAGACUGCAAACCCGGGCUAUCGAAAUCAGGGGAGAAGUGGAAAGGAAAGACCAGGAAAUUACUGCAGCAAUGAGCACGCAUCAGAAGCUUGAACAGAAACUGCGCCAUCUUGAUGACAGCUUUGAUCCCUUGAAAGUUGAACUACGAUCCAAGAGCGCACACUUACAGAGGCUUCAGGACCAGGUCGAAGGUCACGUGCGCCGAUUGGAGGUCAUCAAGAAGUUGGUCAAUGAUCAGAGCGACAACUUGACGGGCCUCGAAGCAGAACUGGCCUCCCCUUACAAGAACGCCUUGAGUGCUGACGAAGAGCGCCAACUGGAACAGCUUACUAGAACAGUCGCCGAACUACGCAAAUCUUGGAAUGAACUAAGUACCGCAAGACGGGAGAUUGAAGGUCGAAAGCAGAUGCUCGAGGUUGAAUUGAGAGAGAAUCUUCGAAUGAAACUUGAUCAGUUGAACAGCCAGGAGAUCGAUAACAAUGUAAACAGUGGAUCAGGCACCCUUAAGGAGGCUCAGCGUGAACUUAAGCGCAUUCAUAAGGCAGCUGCAAAUGUUUCAAGCAAGCUGGAGGAGAACGAGAGUGAAAUUGAGCAAGCUGAAAAUAGGAUAUCGAAGCUGCACAAAAUCAAGGCGCAGAAAGAGGAGGAGCAACAAGAGCUUGCCCGAGCAAUCGAAAAGUAUCAAAAGAGAAUGGAAAAGAGCGUAGCCAAGAAGGCUCUUUUGACCACGUCGGCCGCAGAGUGCGCAAAGAACAUCCGCGACCUGGGUGUUCUGCCGGAUGAAGCCUUCGAAAGAUUUUCAAAUGCAGAUUCCAAGCAAAUCACAUCCCGUCUCAAGAAGGUUAACGAAGCAUUGAAAAAGUACAAACAUGUUAACAAGAAAGCAUUCGAGCAGUACAACAACUUCACCUCGCAGAGAGACAACUUGACCAAGCGGAGGAAGGAGCUCGACGACUCCCAGAGCUUGAUUCAAGGUCUGGUAGAAUUCCUCGACCAACGCAAGGAUGAAGCAAUCGAACGCACAUUUAAACAGGUCUCCAAAGAGUUCGCUCAAAUAUUUGAACGUCUAGUACCGGCAGGACGAGGGCGUCUGGUCAUUCAACGCAAGACUGAUCAACGUGCCCGCGAGGACGAAGACUCCGAGGACGAGCCUAGAGAAAGCGUCGAGAACUACACUGGUGUAGGGAUCAGUGUUUCCUUUAACAGUAAACACGAUGAACAACAGCGAAUUCAACAGCUGAGUGGUGGUCAGAAGAGUCUUUGCGCCCUGGCCCUUGUUUUCGCCAUCCAACAGUGUGAUCCUGCGCCAUUCUACCUAUUCGACGAAAUCGACGCUAACCUCGAUGCUCAAUACCGUACCGCUGUCGCGCAAAUGCUGGAGGAAAUCGCAGAACAGCAGAAUAGUGCCGAGGGAGGAGAUGGUCCCAGCAUGAGUGGACAAUUCAUCUGUACAACAUUCAGGCCAGAAAUGUUGAUGGUGGCAGACAAGUGUUACGGUGUCACCUUCCGUGAUAAGACCUCCAGAAUCAACACUGCGAGUCGCGAAGAAGCCUUGGCAUUCGUAGAAGGGGAGGCGCCGAAAUAA